AUGUCGAAGCGAUGGGGCUACUACGGAGGGCCCAAGGACGGCAAGCAGCUCCAAGAUCUCGACGAGCUGUCGCUCCAGUUGGCCCUGGAGCUGUCUUUGGCGGAGGAUGGACCCGCCAAGGAGACCGAGACAGAUCAGAAGCUAGAAAAAGCUGUCCUCGACUUCCAGGCCUCCAUCGCCGAAUCGAACAAAACUCGGCCGAUUGCUGCAUCGUUCGACGGGACGGUUGAGGCUGCAGGCGACGUAACACCGGUAUCUGGCACAACAAGAGACUCAGCACGCGGGAGCCCUACGCAGACACAACGGGCUUUGCCCCGACUGCGGAAGCAAAAGCGCGUUGAAAGACAUGAAGACCCGAGUCCUGCCGACGACUGGUGCUUCGCUUGUGGGGGCGAGCUGGUGGCCCCGGGUUUGCAUAAUGACGGCGUCCGCGCUGAAACCUCUCUUGUUCUUGGAUGCGGCCACAUAGUUGGAAGCGAAUGUCUCACAUGUUCCGUCGAGAACUAA